AUGCCAAGUUAUGUGAAGUUUAUGAAAGAAAUUUUGUCAAGGAAGAGGAAAUUAGAGGAUUAUGAGACCGUUGCACUAACUGAAGAGCGCAACGCAAUACUUCCGAAGAAACUACCUCCAAAGCUUAAAGAUCCUGGUAGUUUCAAUAUCCCAUGUUCUAUAGCGGAUUUAAUUGGAACAAAUGCUUUAUACGAUUUAGGGGCCAGUGUGAAUUUAAUGCCUCUAUCAAUGUUUCAGAAGAUGAAUUUGGGAGAAGCUCGGCCAACUACGGUAUCUUUGCAGAUGACUGAUAGAUUAGUUAAUCACCCUCUUGGAGUGAUUGAGGACGUAUUUGUAAAAGUGGGUGAGUUAAAGCUGCAAGUGCAAAACGAUGAAGUUAUAUUUAAAGUUUUUGCAGCAAUAGAAAUUCCAACUUGUUGUAGAGUUGAAGUGGUAAACCAAGAAGGGAACAAGUUGGAAGUCUCUAAGAAAAGCUCCAUAGUUAAAACUGAAAUGAUAAAGGGGCAUAACCGGUUAAAAAAAUACUUUAAUGAAAGGAUUUGA